UGACCUUCGACAAGCCGCCGACUUCCUGUCCUUGUCGAAGCCACUAGAGUGUUAAUUUCCCUCGGGUAAAUUCAGAUUAGUUUGAAAUGUAUAAUCGAAAAAUCUAGUUCGUUUUCGACAUUUUGUUUACGUCUGUGUUUGCUGCUAUGUAAAAGUGAAAAAUUGGGAGCGAGGCGUCGCCAGUUGGUGUUGUUCCGAGGGAGGCGGUGGUGCUGCGGGUCCUCUUGACCAAGGGACGUGAGAUUCAGCUCCUUUAGCCUUUCCUCGUAGCUCAUACCUCCAGUUCCGGGACGAGCUUGGUGGCAUCCUGCUGAAUCUUCUCAGUUCUCAGUUUCCAGGUUAUGUUUAUCAGAGAGACUCGUGUUAAGAAUUUUGCUGCAAUGAGAAGAAUACAAAAGAAACUGAACAAAUUUGAGAAAUUAUUGGUAUUACAGUAAACAGAGAGCAGCUGUACAGAUGGGUUCACUAGGCUGUCCACUGUGCUGCCAACAGGACUUUGUAUCUGUGGUGGCUUUGCACGACCACCUUCUCUACUACACCUAUCGGCCUCUCCAGUGUGCCAUCUGCAGUGCUCAUGUUGGUGGCAUCCAGGAGCUUACUCAUCAUCUUGAGAGGCACAUGGGAGAUGGGAUGCCCACAUUGCUGCAGACACACAGGAUCAAGCCAAUGAUACCAGUUGUAGACAAUUCCAAGCUAGAAUUGUUGAUUCAGGAUCAACCUGUGACAAAAGAAAAGACAUCUACCAGAGAUGUGUCAGGCUCCAAUCUAUGCAACCUAUUUAGCAACGAUGGUCAAGUGGAUAAUUUAAGAACUUCACUUAGUGAGGAACCUAUUGAACUUAUAUUACGGGCUUACUUUUGUCAAACUUGUGGCGCAAAGAUUGUAGGUAAAGAUGCUUAUUUUGUACAUGUUAAGGAACAUAGUGUAGUGCCAAGUAUUAAUGUAUCUCAGACAUUGCUUCCCAUUGUUGGAUCUUGUCCAGAAUCUACAUCCCCAGCUUCCCAAAGUGAAGCCAUUAGCUGCAACUUUGGUAGUGCUGUUUCCACUCCAGGUAAUAUAACAACAGAGACAGAAAACCUCAUGAUCAAUGAUACUGACGACCCCUCAGAAUGUCUGUCUGACAUUAUGGAAGAAAAGGACACAGCAAAUCAGCUCCGGAAACUACGUGAAUGGCAGUUGGAAAAACUUGGGAAAGGCUUUAAUAGGAAUAAAAUUUCUUUUGUCAGGUCUCCAGGGAUUUCAGAACUCAGCCCAAUUAGUGGGAAAAUAACAUAUGAUAAUAGUCCAAUGACCCCUAGUUCGAUUGGAAGAAGACCACUUAAUGAAAAUAAUCUUUCUCCUUGUUCAAGUAGACUAUCUGAUAAUUCGUAUACAUAUUCUGGUGGAAGGAAUAGUUCUUGUAACGCUCCAUCACUAAGUACUGAUCCAGGUACUGUGGAGAAACUUGAUUUAUAUAAUCCUCUUCCAUCAGUAGACAGAGAAGCCCCUAACACAAAACCCUAUUCAGGUGGUAGACCUGAUUAUUGUGUAGCUUCUCCUUUAACAGAUACUGACUCAUUAAACGUUAAUCCAUGUUCUGCAGAAAGAUUUGAUUCCUCAAAUGCAGUGACUCCUUCAGCUGAAGAAUCACUUGCUCCAGAUUCUAAUACUACAAGGAAGCAACCUGACUCUUCCCUCCAACUGGUGCAAUCAAGCAUUGACUUCCUCCAUAACAGCAUGCAGGACUUGUCUUCAAAUUUUUCGAAGGUUGAGCCCAACACAGUCACCAGUGAUGACACCAGCUCAUUAGAUUUUCUUGUGACUACUCCAUCAUCAGUGUCACAGGUGAAUUCAGUACAAACAGAAAGCAUUUCUCAGUCAGAUCAUGCCUUAUCACUGAGAGUGGAGACAGAGAUGCCUCUGUAUCAAAGCAUAGAUAAGCCUUGUGCUUAUGAAGAUGUACAAAAUGCUAUUAGUCAUCCUUGCACAUUUGAAACUUCAAUUGACAUAACUAACAUAGAGAGUCGUCCACAUCUUGAAAAUAUUGACCCACCAAUUUUUACAUUGUCGUCAUGGGAUUGUUCACAGCAGACUUCCCAAGAACUUAAACUUCAGUCUUUCUCAAAAACUGCUUCAUCUCUCCCAUUGUUUGAUAAAGUCCCUUGUGCUCAUGUAUUAGAAUCUUCGGGACAAAAAUCUGAAUUACAAGAGUCGAUACAUAAUGAUAUAUGUUCAAAUGUGCAGUUUCUCAAUUCUUCAGGAUCAUCCAGCCAAAGUUUAGUUUUAGGAAAAUCUAAUAAUUGCAAUGAAGUUAAAUCAAGUAAUAUAAAAUCUGUGGAAAGUAAUUUGAAAGAUUGCACAAAUCUAACUAAUUAUAAUUCAUAUAGUGAGCAAAUGCGCAGUACCGAAAUUCAAGAUAAUAGCACCGACAUCCUGUCUUGUGAUAAUGUAAAAGAAGCUCAUAUUUCUGACAAAGAAAUUGUUCAAUGUGAAGAAAAUUGUGAAACAGACAAUAGAAAACAUAUUCAAAGUGAUACUUCUGAAAUUGUAGCCAGUGAUGUACAUAUUCAAAGUGAUACUUCUGAAAUUGUAGCCAGUGAUGUACAUAUUCAAAGUGAUACUUCUGAAAUUGUAGCCAGUGAUGUUCCUACCAAUUAUGAUGAUUCUGGCAACAUGUAUACAGACUGUAUAAACCAGGUAAACCAUUUGCCAGAUGACCAUGAUAUUGAUAACAUUGCACAUCUCCCUGGUGAUGCAAUGCCUUAUUUUCAUAAAAAGUUUCAUCAUGAUCAGGAGAGAAAAGUAGUUGGUCAGUGUCCUGAUGUAAAUCGAUACAUUCACAGCUUUCAGUCUCUAUUAGUAAGUAAGUUGAAUGGCACUCUAAGUACAGAUAAUAAUCCAUUUGGGUCCAAUGGAAUUAAUCCAGAUAUGAGUGCAAAUACUGUAUGUAUAAUGCAAGAUAAUGACCCAGUAAAUCUGUCUUCCAAAGCACAGCAGCAGCCACAGAUAAAGGAAUAUGCGUGUGAAGUCUGUAAUUUAAAAUAUACAAGUCAAUCAACUUACAGAUUACAUUACAAAACCCAUGAAGUUGAAGGUCAGAAAAACUUUUCAUGUCAGUUUUGUGGACAAAGGUUUUUCAGAAAAUGCUCUAAGGACCUCCAUGAGAGGAAGCACACUGGUAGAAAGGUUCACCGUUGUGGAGAGUGUUUAAAAGUGUUUGCAAAAUUGUGUUCUUAUCUUCGACACCAGAGAGAAGUUCAUGCGCUGAGUAAAACAUUCAUAUGUGCAGAAUGUAGUAAAGCCUUUACUACGGAGAGACGUUUAAAGGAACAUAUUGGAGUGCAUCAGAGAGAAAAAGCUCAUAAGUGCAUUCAUUGCAAGCAUUCAUGUCAUACUGCUAGUGGGUUAAGAACACACAUAUUGGAACUCCACUCUGGAACACGGAAGAGUUCCCAUUCUUGUGAGGUUUGUGGAGCAAAGUUUGCCAAGCAGUAUGGACUGAAGCGACACAAGCAACGAAAACAUACAAAACAACAGUUGGCUUGUGAAAUUUGUUCUAAAACAUUUUCCUGUAAAGAGGAUCUUCUUCAGCACACAAAAUAUCACACAGAUCUAGAAACUUUGACAUGUAAGGAGUGUGAAAAAACUUUCACCACUUCUUGGGGCCUUCAGAGACAUUCAGAAUCACACCAAGAAACUACUUAUCAAUUCCAUUGUAAUAAAUGUUCAUUAAAUUUCACUAGAAAGGAUUCCCUUGUGUCUCAUCUUAAGAUUCAUGCCCAAAAGAGACCCUUUAUCUGUCACUGUGGAAGAAGAUUUCUUAGGAAAUGUCAAUUAAAAGAACAUGAAAACAAACACAGCAAAAUUGCUAAAUAUUCUUGUGAUACAUGUAAACAUUCAUUCAAAUUCAAAGUAUCAUUGAGAAACCAUAGUUGUAAACACAAAACUCCCUCUGAAUCAACAGCACAUGAAGAACAGAGCUAACUUAAACCUAACAUCAAAAUGUUCUUAUGUCAUAUUAUGCUUUCAGUGUAAAUCAUAAAGUCUUUCCAAAUGAUUCUCCCAGUGGGUACCUGAAGCUAUCUUGAAGUAAUCUCCAUAUGAAGCGAUGGAGAUUGCUCUAUACUAAAGGGUCGUAGAAAUUUAGUUUGACUUACUGGGGGACCAGAGUAAGAACCUAGCCCCUCCUCAUAGAGGUGCAAGGAGCUUUUUCCAGUGGGAUCUGCCACCCCACUGGAAAAAGCCACCACAAAGUCACCAAAGCCUUGAAACCGCCAAACAACUCUGCAAAUGAUUCACCUAGAACAAGGGACUCGUGCUAGCUUGAAGCAUAAUAGCAAUGAAUACUACUACCAGGUGGCCUAGCCCUCAACUGGCUUCCCUGCUGCUGAUGGGGCAGUGUUUGUUUCUGCCUGUAGUGUUCCAGUCCAUCAGUUGUGCACAAGCCCUGCCACCUCAAGCUAAAUGCUGGUCUUCCUUGAACUUUGUUUGCCCUGCAGAGGCCAUAUGCUUGUGAUGUUAUUCCUUAUUUUAGUAUUUGGUUCAUGUAUGUAUUUUUGUUCUGGCUUGUUGUGUGGGCUUGGCUCUUGCUUUCCUUCAUGCAGAAAUUGUUCAGUUUUCUUCCCCAAUUGCCUGAGAAUGCUGCCCUUGCACAGGCAUUUAUCUUCUGUAGUGUGUUUGGGGGUUUGUCCCUGAGAGGUCAGGCCACCAGGGUGGAAUGCCUCGCCUUGGGCAAAUCACAGAUCUUUGCUUCUUCUGUUUGGGCCCUUGGCUGGGGUCAUUUACUUGGUUGUGUUUGGGUGUACUGGUGUUUGCAUACUUGUUUAUACAACACAGCAUGGUUGCCAUUCAUAGCCUGGUUGGUUUUGACAGCAUUUAAUGGCUGUUCUUCCAGCAAGAAGCCUCAUUGCCUGGGAUUUCUGCUUGGUUACCUACUUUCAUGCCAUGGUAAUCACCUGCAGGUCUUUACCAGGGUCUGUUUUGGAUUGGUCCAUCAAGCUCAUCUUACUCGAGUGCAAGUUUGAAAGAUGCUUAUAGCUGAAGAUGCUUAUAACAUACAUCCUCGGGCUGGAAAGAUUCAUUUCCUGUUCGACCCUCUGCAUGACCAUUUUCACCUAAGUUUGCCUGCUAUUACAGGCUGGAGCUUGGACUGUGCCCUGGAACUCAAGGAUGCAUAUUGACAUGUCCUCAUUCAUCCCGGUUCAUUUUGUUGUGGGGCAUAAAGUUUACUACUUGAGUGUUUUUACCUUCUGCUUGAAACUGGUGCCUUGGGUGUACUGGUGUUUGCAUACUUGUUUAUACAACACAGCAUGGUUGCCAUUCAUAGUAUGUUUACUAGAUUAGUGUACAUCAGGGUAGCCCAGCUUCAUCUCUUAAAGAUUUGUGUGUUGGCAUACCUUGAUCAUUGGCUGGUCUGGGUCCCACCAGCCAAUCCCCAGUGGUUCAUUGCUUGGACCGAGGGUGGUCUCAUCUGUCCCUGUGGAGCUGGAUGCUUAAGGGAGCUCAACUUCUGGUUUCUUGGGGUCUGGUUCUCUGCACAGCUCACAUGCAUGAUGUGUCUAAUGCUCUCCCAGAUGGGAUGUCUUGCUUCCAUCCUCAUUCCUAUUUAGUGGACCAUUGACAAUUCAUUAUUCUUUUGGCUUUGUGAUAUAUUUAGAUGCCCCAAAGUGGACCUCUUCAUGUCGCCAUGGAACCAGCACCUUCCUUCAUAUGUGGCUCAGUUCUCUGAUCGUAAGGCUCUCGUAAUGGAUGCCUUUCGUUGGGGCUGAUCGAAGUGGAGAUUCAUUUACCUUUUUACCUUUGACCAAUUGUUGCUCCAAGUGCUGUCCAGUCUAGAGUCAUACUCAGGGUGAUCCUUCUGGCUCCUCGGUGGCUGGUCGAGCUUUGGUUUUCAGUUCUCCUGACCUGGUUUCUGAACGCAGGCAUUUUUCUACAGCUUUACCUCUUCAGUCAGAUUAGCCAGGCAGUGUACUUUACUGGUUCAAACUUCUCUUCUCUUUGCAUCUGGAGUUUUAUUUAUUUAUUUUUUUGCAUACCUAUUACCAUUUAUAUGGUGAGUAGGUGGCUGGUUUGUUAAGUGUCCCAUCUGUCUUUCCUUGUGGCGACAGUAUGAAUUUGCCUGGUGCUCAGUUCACAAUUUAUCUUUUCAUCAUCUUCGGUUUUGGUCAGGUGUGUUCUGUCCUUUUUGUCUUGGUUGUUUUUCAAUUGGCAUCCCGUGUGCGCAUUUUUUCACUUCCAGCCUGUUCAUGCUCCUCCAAAGCCAUCCUGAUCUCUUGGGACAUGGUUUUGCCAUUUUCUCUCAUUGUCAAGGUUUACGAUUUUCUCUUCAGCUCAUGAAUCUUUCUUAAUCUCUGUACUGUGUAGCUGUUUAAUGUGACAACUUCAUAAAAAGACCUAGAAGCAACUCCAACUACACCCAAAACAACCCUGAUAAAUUUGCAUGCCACCGAUGAAGCAAUCUUGCUUGCUGUGUGCAGAGGAAAGGUUAAGGCUGUCUUUUUGUUGGCUCUUGUUGCCACCAGGCUCUUUUCCAGAGGCAGGGGGUCAGUUCCUUUGACCCUGGUGGGUGGUUAAUUUGUCUGCAGUAUUCUCCUUAUCUGGCAAAGAAUUGAGUUACCAGGCUCAUCAUCUCAAGAUCUCAAAAAGGGUUCUUUGGAGAUUGGUGCUUAGUUGGUUUGGCCAGGGAUACAUUGUUUGUUGUGUCUGGUAGUGACUCUUGCUGCUACCUGCAAGUCACCAGUUAUGUCUUGGUAGAUGCCUUGUUUCCUUGGUCCCCUGUUCCAAGACGUGCAUUUCUCAGGCUGGCUGCAGUGUCUUAAGUCUAGCCAGCCUGUGGUCUACCUUCAGGUCCAUGAUGUUUGCAAAUACAUGGCUUUGGUCAUUGUCUUCUCCAACAUAUCCUGGGCUGAUAUUCGGGCUCGGGUUUUGGCAUUCUAACCAGAGUUCUGGUAGUCUAGUGUUCAGUCAGUGUUCCUGGUCAUGGUUGGUUGUGUGUGACUUUGGGCUGUUUCCUGGCCUGGGUUUUCCUCUUUGUCCUUGUGCUUGCUGCCUUUUCCUCCUCCAUGGUAAGUCCCAUUUUUGGUCUCUGUGAUUAGUCAAGCUUCAAGGAGCCACUGGAUGCUCCCUCCACAAACCCAGCAUUAAAUGUAAUGAAAUGGCUCUUUCUGGGGGAGCUCUGGGGGUUACCUCAUUUACCCCACUCACUCCAGGUUCAUUGGUUCAUCAGCUAUACAAAUGACUUGGGAAUUUGGCAAAGGGCUUGAGCUGGGUGGCCUGGUGGCAGUAUUCAGUAAUACAGGUAACAAGUUUUGAGCUAGUUUGAGUGAAUCCCUUGUUUUGUGUGAAUUGUUGUAGAGUUGUUUGGAGGUUUCAAGCUUCAUUUUUUGUGAACCCUCCAGCUGUCUAUAAAGCUUCGCUGACUUUCUGGCAGCUUUUCAUGAUAGAGUGACAGAUUGUCACUUGCUUCCUGCACCUCUGUGAAAGGACCAGGUUCUGGUUCUGAUCCCCAGUAGGCCAAACAUACCAAAAGUCACAUCAGUGACCUUUUAGUAUGGCACAAUAUCAGCAAGAUGGCUUCAGGGAGCCACUGGGGCUCCUCCAGAUAGGCAUUUGAUUACAUUCACCAGCCCGUCCUCAUAAACAAAGGCCAAAGUCCAUUCCAUGCACCCGCCAAACCCUGUUUUUGAAUGAAAAAUGGUUUAAACAUAACUCGCAACUAAUGACGUUCGAACACUUCUAGAACAAGUGCUUGAGGACGACUUUUGUUCAAACGACAACGCUGUAAAUGCUUCGCCCACAUUCUACAAAUACAAAUAAUUGCCAACGGAACCUAUACACCUAACCUAACCAAUGCCUAAAUAUGCACAGUAUGCUAAUAUAUAACAAUAUUAAUUUAUAUUUCAGAAAAUUCCUCUUUUGAAUGAACUGCAUGUUAAAAUUGAUGAAUCUAUCUUUGAGAUCGACCACUGGAUGGAAUGGAAUUGAUUUGAGGACGGGUUGCACUCACAGCUGGGUUUCUGUACUUAUAUUUUUAACUCGCUUUUCUCCUUGUUGUACAUAGAGUAAUUUAAAUCCCAAAUCGGAAUACUUUAGGAGAUUUACCAGAAUUAAUUUUGUUACUAAAUAUACUGUAUCCUUCCAAUACAGUACUUGGAAAAAAGUCUUCAUUCAUCAGCUUGAAUAUUGUGGCACAAGACCACACCAUGAACGUUGCUCUCAUCCUGUAACUACACUUAGGUAAUUACACGAGUGGAUCAUUUUACCAACUGGUAACAGAUUUAAAAACCGUUAUAAUAUUGGUUAUGAGGGGGGAGGGAGGUGGGGGGACCAAACAAUAAUUAAAAACUUAAUAAGCAUAGCUAUACUAAAAUAUUACAAGGUUUACAUUUUUGGCAUUAACUAUGCCAAAACUAAUAUAGAGCAGGAAAAAAGGCAGUGUGUCACCACAUACUGUAGAAAAUUGUGACAAGAAUUGAUAAAGAUGAUGAUGAUAAGGAAUUGUUUAAACUAUCCAAAAUCUGGAUUUGUACAAGAAAAAUUUAACUAGUAACAUUUUGAAAGUGGGGUUCCUCCCCUUCCUUGACAUUAACAGAGUUACAUGAUCUUAAUUGCAAGUGUCUGGCCUCCAACCUUGGGCAGACAGACAUUCUCUUAAAGAUGGAUAGGCAUACAACAUAUUUAUAUAUUGUGUUUAAAUAUGCAUAAACAUUUACUACUUGCUGUCAGGCUUGGGUUGAAGUACUUGUACUUGGUACAAGUACUUGGUAAAUAAGUACGUGGUACUUAUUUACCAGUUUUCAAGUAUGUGUACUUGCAGUUUCAUAAUUUAAUGAAAUUUACUUGAAAAAAUUCAAUUUCAAGUACUAGUACUAUACAUCCAAGCAUCUACAUGUAGUUGAAAAAUUUUACAAGUUAUAAAAUGAGAAAGAUGUGGGGAACUCACUCAUAUUUAAGCAUUUCUGACUUUGACACUCAGUUUAGCAGUACUGUACUUUGCUUCCUUGCCAGUUGCAACUUGAGAUGUCACCUUAUGGCAAAUAGUAUUUUCAUAUCAUUCACUGUCAAGGACUAGUAUGCUACCAGUUACCCAAGACAAAAGAUUACUGAGACCCUUAUUCUUUAUAUUUCUUGUGACCUUGUACCACUCUCACUUGUCGAUAGUGACUACGUAAGGGGUAUCAUGAACAUUUCUUAUCCCAGAUCAUAAUUACCAGAAACCUUCUUGUCAUUAAACUGAUGUAUGAGAGAUGUGCUAAGCUUAAAAUAAAAUGGAUAUACCACCUGCAACAUGUGAAAGCAGUCUGUAUUACUCUAGAUAUCUGGUGAAGUGGGCAAAUAUGCAUGCAUGUUGGCAUGACAAUGCAUUACAGUACUGUAUAUCCAUAACUAGUCAUGGAAGCUUCAGUCUUAGCCUGCAAGCAUUUCUAAGGGUGCCAUAGUACAGAGAGAAUAGUAUAGUAAUAUGAGAAAAAUUAAAUGGUUUGGACUAAAAGUUUUCAUCAUUGUGAUGAUUACUCACCAGUAACACAAAUACUGCACUUUCACAACCUGGUUUUGAGGUAGCUGGUUUUCUGAUUCAGGCGAGAGUGAUGAUACUGAUGAUUAUUCAGGUCUCCCUGCUCAACAUAUUCCUUAUUUUGCACAUAUGUUGCAACUGGUUAUAAAGUAUGGAAUAAAUAAUGUCCUCCAGUUAGACAAAGUAUUUGAUUAUAUAGCAAAGAUUGUAUCACAUAAAAGCAAAUCUAAAGUAUCUACAACUAUUAGAAGGUGAGAACAGUCCCCAAGCUGCAAAUAUUACACAGUGGAACACUCAAUUUAAAAUAGUUCAAACUAUGCUUGCUAUCCUAGAUGAUAAAUUUUUUCUAUAGAAGGAAUCUCUUCUUGGAGCCUAUGAAAGAAACAUAUUUCAGAACAUGUUAGAUAUAUUCUUUAAUAUUUUGAGGAAACUAGACUAUGCCCUGAGCCAAAACACAGCAUCUGUUGGCUAUGUACCCAUAUGUGUUCAUGGCUUUAGACAAUAAAUGAUAACUAAGCACAAAGGUUUUGCAAUCCACAUAACAUUGUUUUAGCCUGUAAAAUAGAACCAUGUUACUUUUAAAUUUUCUAUAAUAGAAAGACAUUACUGUGAUAUUUUAUUAAUACAAAUAUUUAAUUUU